AUGUAACAAUCAAAAUUAAAUAAAUCAUCCUUGUAACAACAAUCAAUAAAGGUUUAUGUAAGAGUAAGACCUUUAUUGAAAAAAGAGUAAGGAUAAGAGUGCAUUAUAAAGACUGGUCAAGUAGCUAUUUGUUCCUAAAAAUUAGCAAAAAUAUGUAGUGAUUGAACAAUCUACACAUAUACUAAAGUAGGAAUAUGAUUAAGUGUUUGAUGAGAAAGUAUCUUAAGCAGAAAUAUUUAAAUUUAUAUCUCCAACUAUUCAUAAGGCAUUGCAAGGAUACAAUACAACGAUUAUGGCAUAUGGUUAAACAGGCAGUGGUAUUUCUGUAGUUCUUAAUUAGGUAAAACGCAUACAAUGUUUGGGAGUGACUGGGAGUAUUCACUUAAUAUAAGUUUGGGACAUUAAUCGACAUUUAUUGAUGAUUUAUAAACAGAUUAGAAUCAUGCAGGCAUGAUACCUCGAACUAUUUAUACUCUAUUUAAUAAUUUAUAAUAGGGUUAUUAUGUUUACUGUUCAUUCUUGUAAAUCUACAAUGAAAAAAUUUAUGAUUUAUUGUAAGAUCAUAAAAUACCUCAAGCUUUAUAAAUUCAUGAAUCAAAAACAGAAGGAAUUUAUGUUGGUAAAUAUAAUCCAAGAUAUUAGAAUAAUUGACUGAAUAUGCAGUGAAUAAUUUAUAUGAUUGUUUAACAUUGAUGAAGAGAGGAGAGAAGAAUAGAAUGAUUAGACAAACAACAAUGAAUUUAAAAUCAAGUAGAAGUCACACUAUAUUUCAAUUAUUAAUUGAAACAAGUAAAGCUGAUUCAGGUGGAUAAUUAUUGAGAUCCAAAAUCAAUUUAUGUGAUUUAGCUGGAUCAGAAAAGAUCAAUAAAUAAGACUCAAUGACCAAUGCUCAUUUAAUUGAAUUAAAGAGCAUUAAUUAAUCUCUUACUACUUUGGGGAAAGUAAUACAAAAUUUAUCUUAAAAUAAUAAAAAUAUUAACAAAUUGCCUAUUCCAUAUAGAGAAUCAAAAAUUACUAGAUUAUUAUAAGAUAGUCUUGGUGGUAAUACAUUAACUAAUAUAUUUGUCAAUGUUGCUCCAAAUAUAUAUAAUAUUGAUGAGACAGCAAAUUCAUUGAAAUUUGCUUAAAGAGCUCGAAAUAUUACUUAAAUAGUAUAAGCAAAUUAGAUUAAUGCAACAGAUCAGGAAUUAGUUAAUAAAUUAUUAAAGGAGGUAGAUAAUAUAUAUAAAUAUAGAUUGACUAUUUAAAAUAAUUACUUAAUAUGAAGAGAAAAGGAUUGAAUAGUAAUGAUAUGCAUUUUAAAUUAAUGAAAAUUUAAGAGGAAAAUGAGAGAUUGAGAUAAGCAAAUUUAUCAGUUAAUGAAGUGGAAAAAUUGAUGUAAGAGAAUAGAAAAAUGAGAGAGGAAUUAUAAAAAUUGUAAUCUUAAUCUCAUGAAAAUUCAGAAAGUUCUCAUUUGAUGAAGCAUGGAUCUGAAGAAGGAUUUUCAGGAUCAGAAGUUGAUAAAUAAUAAUACAAUACUUAUUAAUAGACAAAGCUCUCGAAUAAUGGUCUAUUAAUAGUAAGCAAUCCAAGUAUGUAAAAGACGGAAGUGACAAUUCGUUAUAAGGAUAGAGGAAAUAAAAUGCAAACUAAAUUGGGAUAUGUUGAAGCUAGUGAUUAAAUGUUAUAAAGGGAAAAGAGAUUAAUGAGUGAGAGAAAGAGGGUAAUCGAGAGAUUAGAAUUGUUAGAAUAAUUAUAAUUUAGAAAUAGUUUAAAUUCAUCUUUACCAAUAAAUGGAAAAAUUCCUAAAUCAUCUAAGAAAAACUCAUUUAAUUUAUUAAAUAAAACUGUAGAAGAAGAAAGAACUAGUUUACCAAAAUUAAAACUUGCAGAAAGAAAACUAAUUAAAUGAUUAAAAUAAUUAUGAAUAAAUAAACUAAAUUAAUAUAAAUAAAAAGUUACUGAGUAAAUCAAUUACUUAGACUUAUAUAUUUUGUAAAUCAUUACAAGAAGUUAAAGCUCCUAUAGAAUCUUUGGUCAAUUAUGAGAAUCCUAUUGAAGUUAGCAAUCUCAAUGAUGCUAAAGGACUUUAAGGAAAAAAGAAGGCUUAUUUAUUUCCUUAGAAUCAAAACCAAAUACAGAAGUAAAUUGUGUUCGAAAAAUUAAGGAUAUUUUGAAUACUAUUUUGCCACCCAUUGAAUGGGAUCAUAAAGGAAAGCAUUAUAUAUAAUAUGUAUCACAUGUGGCAGCUACAAGAGAAGAUGUUGGCAAUUUACAAAAACUUUUGGAUGGACGAUUGUUAGCAAGAUAAGCAAAGUAUUUUUAAUUGAAAAUUAAUUAUUCUAGAGAAAUUAGUAUUUGUCCAAUAAGAGAAGAAUUGUUGAGUCAAUGUUUUGAUGAAAUUAUUAGAUAAGUUAUAAUUGAUUGUCCAGAGAGAGGUUGUUUUAAUUUAUUAUAACUUAGGUUUACUGUUGAUGAGAGUGAGGGAUGAACUCAAGAUGACUAUUGCAGCAUAUUAAACCUUAUACACUAAAUUAAUAAAUUUGCCAUAUUUUAUAAUUAUUUAAAUAUCAAAUUAAAAAAAGAUAAACUAAUUGUGCAAUUCUUCAGUUACUUUUGGAAUGAGAAGAUAAUUAUAAUCGGAAAUUGGGAAGAAUGAAUUAGAAGAUAAAAUAGUAUAGUUGGAAUAGAGGAAAUAGAAAUUAAAAGAGAAAUUAUUAAAUAAAUUUAUUUAGAGAAUCGAUCUACUAAAUAAGAAGGAUUCAUUAGAUAAAAAAAUAAAAAAAAGGAAUUAAAUUAUAGAAUAAAAAAGAAAAGAGGAAAUUGA